ACCGUUUCAAUCAUAUUUUUCAUAUUGGAAAUGACGCGUGAUCAUUCUGAUGUCGAUAACACUUUGGUCGCAAUAUUAUCAUUGUUUUUCGUGAUUUUCUGUGUCAUUGUUCAUCAACACUUGGAACGAAUAUUUUAAAUAAUAAUAUUUUAUUUGAUAUAAAUAUAUAUUAUACCUACGAAUCUAAAAAGGCCAGCGAGUAGAGUGAUUUAUUUGUUUCUCCGCCUCUGUUUUUAUUUGCUUUAUAAUUUAUAACAUGUUUAUGCAAACGUUUAUCAAACGUCCUUAUUCCUAUUGCGACAGCAUGUAACAUUCCACAAGGAUAAAUAAAGAUGGAUAAUAUCUUUGGGAAGGAAGAUUCUGGGGACGAAAGAGAAAGUGAACAGAAAAAUGAAAUCGAAGAGCAUAAAGAUAUUAAAAUUAGUCCUAUACACAAUCUAGAAUCUAAGGAUACUGAAGCUAUGGAGAUCGAUAGUGUGCAAGUUAAGGCAGAGUCGGAUGCAAUGAGCUCUCAGUCGCAGUCGGAUGCUGAAGAGACUGAGAACACGGGAACUAGUUCCAUCUGCCCGAUUGUGGAGAGCCAAGUGGAGACUGUGAAGGAAGAAGGAAGAAGUAGUACAAAGGAUGAUGAACAGACCGCUGAAGAUAUAUUUAGUAAUGACAUUAUAAUACCUCGCGCCAAUCCAGUCAGUAUGAAAGAAAGACGGGAGAGUAAGGAGAAGAGCAAAAAGGAGAUAGAAGAGGAGGAGCGAGAGAAGAUGCAAGUGCUAGUAUCUAACUUUACUGAAGAUCAGCUGGACAGAUACGAGAUGUACAGACGAUCUGCAUUUCCAAAGGCAGCUAUAAAGAGGAUCAUGCAAACCAUAACGGGAUGUUCUGUGUCUCAGAACGUUGUCAUAGCCAUGUCGGGAAUUGCUAAGGUGUUUGUUGGUGAAAUCGUUGAAGAAGCUUUAGAUGUUAUGGAGGCUCAAAAUGAAACUGGUCCAUUACAACCAAAACAUCUGAGAGAGGCUGUUCGCAGAUUAAGGCUGCAGGGUCAAAUACCGAAUGGUCGAGCGCACAAAGCCUUCUUCAGGUUAUAAUUAGUCCAACAUUUGCGACGUAUUAGUUUAAUGCUUCUCUUACAGAAGCUUUUUUGACAUUAAAAUUUACAAGCGUAAUCCGAAUACAAAUUAUAUAAUUCAUUCAGCAAUCAAAGUCGGCCUUUUUAUACAUAUUAAAUUACUAUAGAUAUAUCUCUCGAAGGUUCAAAACGUUAGCCAUCUCAGCUAAUUAGUUAAAACUUAAUGUAUGAUAAAUGUAUAUAUUUUACUAGCAUUUCAUGUAUUUCGUCUUCGAGUAGAUUUAAACUUAAUCUAGCUGUAUAUAAUUUUUUACAUCGCAAGUGCAAAUUUUAUUAUACAUAAUGAUUAUACAUUUUAAACGGUUGUGAAUCAUUAUUAAAACACAUAGAUCUGGCAAAUAGUAAAACAUUUUAUUAGUGAGUACACGCAUAUGUAACAUAUAGUUACACACAUUUUUAUACACAGUCAAAAUAUUCAUGAAUCAUUAUGUAUAAUCUUUAUAGCGCAUUUUUAAAUAGAAAUUGAUGUAAAGUUUUCUACUUUGCUGUCAUUGAACUUGUUUAUCGUCAGAUUACAUGAUAAUAUACAUAUAUGGUUUUGCGUAAAUCUUAAUAUCAUAAAGUUUAUAUUAUCAAAAUAUAUAUAAUUUACAGAAAAA